AUGAGCAAUGAGGAAAUAUCGGAGAAAAAAAAAAACGUACACAACUGUAUACAUUCCCUAGAAGCCACUAUAAACCGGCUUUCCUUUUGGUGGAUGUUAAACUGGCACAAUAACGGAGUAUUGUUUGACUUUUUCCUCAUUGUACUCUUUAAACCGCCAUUGUUGAUAUUUGUUGUUGGCAUCGCAUGGUUUCAUUUCCAAUUUGGCACCAUCCUUUGUCAUCUCCAUACAUUUCUGCGAUACUGCAUGAUAUAAUCGACCAGUCUGAUUUCCACCCUGUUCAUGACAUGGAUAUGGUGAGACCGGCUUUGCAUCGUUGUCUUCACCGAUCGCACUAUCCACACAAUAUGGUGCACCUUGAUUUCGUAGCUGGUUGCCGCCAGCGCCGUGACACCCGUACAAUUUCACUGGUUUCUUCUUCUCAUGCCGACCAAUAGCACAAUCCAAGCAACGAGCAUUCGAAAUAUCGCCAAGAUUCCGAACCUCAACACACAACCACAUGCUUCGAAGACGCACGGUGUUGUCAUUACCUCAUACUCACAUACACGCACAGACAAGCAAACUUUUUUAGGCAAAUAG